GAGAGAGAGAGAGUACUAGUUCUUGUUGUUCACGGCAAAACGAGCAAGACAUGUUUGACUUGGUCUCCAAUACCAAGUAGGCAAAAUCAAGCCAUAUUACAACAAGAGAUGGUUGGGCCAAUUAGACCUCAAUUUGUGCUGUUUGGUUCAUCCAUAGUUCAACUCAGUUACAGUGACGAAGGAUGGGGUGCUAUUCUUGCUGACAUAUAUGCACGUAAGGCAGAUGUUUUGUUGCGAGGAUACAAUGGUUGGACUUCGAGGCAUGCUCUACAGGUUUUGGAUCAAGUUUUUCCAAAGGAUGCUGCUGUACAACCUUCUUUGGUGAUAGUCUACUUUGGUGGUAAUGAUUCAAUGCGCUCUCACCCAUCUGCUGUAAGCCCUCAAGUCCCACUUCCUGAAUAUGUUGAAAAUAUGAGGAAUAUAGCAAUCCAUCUGAAGAGCCUUUCAGAGAAGACUCGCAUUAUCUUCCUUAGUGCUCCUCCUGUCAAUGGAGCAAGAAUUCGAGAAAUAUAUAGUGAUACAAUGGCAAAGGUGCGAACAAAUGAGUCUUGCCAGCAAUAUUCAGAAGCUUGUUUAGAACUGUGUCGAGAGAUGGACAUUAAGGCUAUCGAUCUUUGGACUGCAAUUCAGAAAAAGGAUGGUUGGGCAACUGCUUGCUUCACGGAUGGAAUUCAUUUCUCAGCUGAGGGGAGCAAGAUAGUGGUGAAGGAGAUAAUGAAAGUUCUUAGAGAGGCAGACUGGGAACCAAGUCUACAUUGGAAGUCAUUGCCAAUUGAAUUUGAACAAGUUUUUGUACCUGAGGCUGAAUUUCGAGAGAUUUUGGAUGAGAAGACCAUAUUAAAACUCUCUGAGGCUAUCUUCCUAAGACAGAUGAAGUGGGAAUAGGUCCUACCAUAUAGUAUUAGUUUGAUUUAAAAAUAAGUAAAAUUCAUACCAAAUAUCUAAUUGUUGUUUAAAACUUUAAGAUCAGUAUUGCUAAAAUAAAAGACUAAUUUGAUAAGCAUA